GGGCUUGCCUGCCUCCCCACACCCUGUCCUCUCCUGUUCUCCAGCAUGGUGUCUCUGUAUUUCUCCGGAGGCUCCUGGAUGGCAGCUCUGACAGUGAUACUGAUGGUGCUGAGCCCUCCCCUGGCCUGGGCCAGGGAGACCCAAAUGUCUCCCGCAGAGAAUUUCCUCUACCAGUUUAAGAGCUGCUGUUACUUCACCAAUGGCACGGAGCGGGUGCGGUACGUGACCAGAGACAUCUAUAACCAGGAGGAGUACGUGCGCUUCGACAGCGACGUGGGCGAGUUCCGGGCGGUGACCGAGCUGGGCCGGCGGAGCGCCGAGUACUGGAACAGCCAGAAGGACGUCCUGGAGCAGAAACGGGCCAGGGUGGACACGCUCUGCAGACACAACUACGGGGUUGUGGAGAGCUUCACGGUGCAGCGGCGAGUGGCGCCUACAGUGACUGUGUAUCCUGCAAAGACACAGCCCCUGCAGCACCACAACCUCCUGGUCUGCUCUGUGAAUGGUUUCUAUCCAGGCCACAUUGAAGUCAGGUGGUUCUGGAACGGCCAGGAAGAGGAGGCGGGGGUGGUCUCCACAGGCCUGAUCCCUAAUGGAGACUGGACCUUCCAGACCAUGGUGAUGCUUGAAACAGUCCCUCGGAGUGGAGAGGUCUACACCUGCCACGUGGAGCACCCCAGCUGGACCAGCCCUGUCACAGUGGAAUGGAGGGCACAGUCUGAAUCUGCUCAGAGCAAGAUGCUGAGUGGAAUCGGAGGCUUUGUUCUGGGUCUGCUCUUCCUUGGGGUGGGGCUGUUUGUCUACUUCAGGAAUCAGAAAGGACACACUGGACUUCAGCCAACAGGACUCCUGAGCUGAAGGGAGGAUAGUGACACUCAAGCAAAAACCUUCUGUCCCGGCUUCUUCGCAGCAUGAAAAUGUUUCCUGCUUCACUGUAAUUCUUCUACAACGAUAGUACUUCUCAGGAUCUAGUUUGCUCUUCGUUAAGUGACUCUGCAGAAAAUGUCCUUCUUGGUGGCUUCCUCAGCCCCUAUCCUUGACCUGGAAGUCCCCAAUAUUGAUCGCAAUACCUUAUCUUCAUUUUUUCCUGGUCCCUUUUGUUUUAAACCUUUACUGCCUCCUGUGCAUCUGAACUCAUCUUCUGCCCACGUUCCUUUUUAAAGUCUUUCUCAAAUAAAUAUGGAUGAAAAUCAUCUGCUUCAUACAGUUCCAAGGAAGGAAGUAGAAGAAAAGAAAUAAGGAGAAUUGCAUCAUAUAACAAUAAUGGUUUUCAUUAACAUUACUGAAAUUUGGUCACUUGUGGAUCUGAAAGAUUUCCUUGCUUCCUUCCAUGUUUUUUUCUUGCGUUUUCUGUACUCUCUAAUUAGGAAUGUUUUCCUGAACUAGAAUAAAAACUUUGUUGAACCCA